GGUAUUAAUAGCGUCGUAGCAUAGCGUUUUUUGCUUCUCUGCUAUUGUAUAUAAACACGGGCCUUUAUAAUAGCGUUUUUGAAAUGUAUAAGCUAUCUUUGUAGUCGCGGGAAAAUAAAAUAAUUCAGCCGCGUUAAUUUGGUAAGUGGAGGCGCCUUACCAUUGCAAAUCAAAAACUAAAUGCUAUCGUAUAUGAAAAAAUAUAUUAAAAAUAACUUAAAUAUUAAUCGAAACCGAGACUUCAUUCUCUUCACUUCACUCUCUUCACAUUCCUCAAAAUCAAAACCGACUCAUCGAAGUUCUUCAGAGUUCUCUCGAGUCGAAGCUUCAAUUGGUAUGAGUUUCGAUUUGAUUCUGAGUUUAGAAUAGAGACUGGUUCUCUCGAGUCGAAUCUCUUUGAUUUUGGGUUUCUCUUUGAUUCAAAUCUCUUUUCACAUGCAUGUCCGCGUUAACACAUGAUUCGAUUUUGAUUGUGGGUUUCGAUUAUGAUUGUGGGUUUCGAUUAGGUUUUGAAUAUGAUUGUGGGUUUCAGUUUGAUUUUGAAUAUGAUUGAAGGUUUCGAUUUGAUUUUGGGUUUAGAUUUUUUGAUCGAAUGGCUUGAUUUGAUUUUCGAUUUGUUUAUCAGUUUCAGAAAUGGCAAAGACAAGAGGACAAGUUGGUUCUCGUCGGAGUAAACGUAAUCAAGGCUUGGAGGUAGUAGAUCAAGAGGACAAGGCACCGCAACUAAAAGUGAAGAAAAGAACAGCAAAGAAAACGGCUUCCCCUAAAAAGAAUUUAGUUUUAACGCCAACGAGAAGAAGUAGUAGAAUCAAGAAAGUGGCUGCUGAAGAUGAUUACAUAGAAGAUGUAACACCUCCUAAGGAUGAUGAGGUAGAAGAUGUUACACCUCCUAAGGAUGAUGAAGUAGAAGAUGAUCAGGCUGAGAAGUCAAUGUCUGAAGAAGAUAAAGACGAUGAAGAGGAUGUCAAUGGGAAAGAGGAUGAAGAAGAUGGCGAUGUCAAUGGGAAAGAGAAUGAAGAAGAUGGAGAUCUCAAUGGGAAAGAGAAUGAAGAAGAACCGGCCAAUAUGGAAGAUGAUGGAGUUCUUAAUGAGAAAGGGAACGAAGAGGAAGCUUGCGAAGAAGAAGCUCGCGAUAUGGAAGAAGAUGGCACUGCGCAAGAUGAUGAGAUUCCUAGUACUGAAGGAGUUGAGCUAGCAGGGGAGGAAGUUUCAAAAAAAAAAAAAAGAGGACCUACAAAGUUGCGUAGAGUGGCUGAAAAUCCCAAUGAUAAGAUUAUGGUCACAUUCAAUGACAUUGGUGAGCAUGUUGGACCUGGUUCAGUAACCCUAUCGUCGUUUCUUGGUCCUCUUGUGAGGGAACAUGUUCCGGUUACACUUGCCGAUUGGAGAAAACUUGAUGCAGCGACUAAAGCAACAAUGUGGGAAGAAAUUCAGGGGAGGUUUAACUUGCAAGAAGAGUGGCAGAAAGCUGUUAUUUUCAAGCAGCUGGGAAAUGUGUGGAGGGCUGGGAAGUCAAGGCUGGUGUCACAAGUACGUGUGGCGAAGACUGCAGCUGAGAGAAUAGCUUUAAAACCGAGCAACAUCCCAUCCCUUCAACUGUGGAACACUUGGGUUAAGAGUAAGACUACCAAAUCUUUCACAGAAACGAGUAACAAGUACAGAGCGAUGAGAAGAAAUCAGAUUCCUCACACCACCAGCCGCAAAGGAAUGCUUCGUUUAGCUGAUGAUAUGGUAAAAGAGUAGUCAAACAUCUACAUAUUGUAGAUCAGCUUGUUAGAUUAAAAUGGUAGUGAGAUAUGUUUGUUUUCAUAUA